AGACUCGGCCGGCGCCGUCCCGAGCCUCAGGAACCGGCCCCGGGUCUGGAGCCGCAGCCGCAGCCGGGGCCGGGCGGGCGGCCGAGGCCCGAGCGGCGGGAGCGCAGCGCGGAGCGCGGAGCCGGGCGCCCGGGCGCGAGAAGCCGCCGCCGCCGCCGCGCGCCCGGCCCCGCAGCCCUGGGCGGUCCAUGGGGCGGGCGCGGCGGCGCAGCCGGCUCGGGCACCCCCGGGGGGCCGCCGCUUAGGCGCCGCGCUCUCGUCCCCGCAGGUCGCAGCCGGGGCGGCCGGGCCGGGAGCGCCCAGCCCCGGCCCCUGGAGCGCCCGCCGGGGUCCCCGCCUCCAUGGACGCCUUCAAGGGGGGCAUGAGCCUGGAGCGGCUGCCGGAGGGGCUCCGACCGCCGCCGCCGACGCACGACAUGGGCCCCGCCUUCCACCUGGCCCGCGCCGCGGACCCGCGCGAGCCGCUCGAGAACUCGGCCAGCGAGUCGUCCGACACGGAGCUGCCAGAGAAGGAGCGCAGCGGGGAACCCAAGGGGCCAGAGGACAGCAGUGCCGGCGGCACGGGGUGUGGUGGCACAGAGGACCCCACCAAGAAGAAGAAGCAGAGGCGGCAACGUACGCAUUUCACAAGCCAGCAGUUGCAAGAGCUGGAGGCCACCUUCCAGAGGAACCGCUACCCCGACAUGAGCAUGCGGGAGGAGAUCGCUGUGUGGACCAACCUCACCGAGCCACGAGUGAGGGUCUGGUUCAAGAACCGGCGAGCCAAGUGGCGGAAGCGCGAGCGGAACCAGCAGCUGGACCUGUGCAAGGGCGGCUACGUGCCGCAGUUCAGCGGCUUGGUGCAGCCCUACGAGGACGUGUAUGCCGCCGGCUACUCCUACAACAACUGGGCCGCCAAGAGCCUGGCGCCCGCGCCGCUCUCCACCAAAAGCUUCACCUUCUUCAACUCCAUGAGCCCGCUGUCGUCGCAGUCCAUGUUCUCGGCGCCCAGCUCCAUCUCCUCCAUGACCAUGCCGUCGAGCAUGGGCCCGGGCGCCGUGCCCGGCAUGCCCAACUCGGGCCUCAACAACAUCAACAACCUCACCGGCUCCUCGCUCAACUCGGCCAUGUCGCCGGGCGCCUGCCCGUACGGCACCCCCGCCUCGCCCUACAGCGUCUACCGGGACACGUGCAACUCGAGCCUCGCCAGCCUGCGGCUCAAGUCCAAGCAGCACUCGUCGUUCGGCUACGGCGGCCUGCAGGGCCCGGCCUCGGGCCUCAACGCGUGCCAGUACAACAGCUGACCGCCCGGCCGGGCCACGCGGGCCGGCGGCCGGCUCGGCGCCGGGCGGGGGCGGGCGCGGAGGCCGCGCGCAGGGCCCGGUUCGCGGCCCGCGCGCCUGCGCAGCCCCCGCCUCCCCACUCCCCACGUCCGGGUUGGAUUUGUGUUUGCUUUCCUGGGCCCCACGCCGCCCUCCAAAAAAAAAAAAAAAACAAACAAAAAACCAAAACAUAAAACGAGACCAGACAAAAGCUGUCGGAGAAAAGUGCCGCGCAAAAACGGAUGAGUUGCAAUUUCCCUCGGGAGGGCGC